AUGCAACUUGUAACGUGCCCCGACUGGGUUGCGCUUCUUAAAACUUAUGCGAGCUGCAUCAAGUUUGGCGAGCCAGGCCUCACGGCCAAUGCACUCGAUGCUAUGGAUGAGGGAAUUCCAUCCCUGCACCAAGGCUUUACCGUCUCGCACACGGCUACCAUUGUUCCACCGAUGUUUGAAGAACGCAUCGGUGAAGAACUCUUCCUCAGCACGGAUAGUUUCCAUGCUGGCAUUAAAUGGGCAAAUCUUCCUACAAUCAAACAACAGGAUUCGAUCCCGUUCGGUGGUCAUGCCGGCCAACCGGUCCAACUCUAUGGAUGA